GCAGAGGGUUUUACUACUGGAAACGUUGGACUCACGGGGCAGAGUAACUGUGGGAACCUGAGCACACAGAAGCAGUCAGUCGCUGCUGUGGAUAUAGCUGAACAGCAAACCGCUCGGAUGUGCAAUAUGACUUUUGAAGAGACCGGUGGAGAUAAUUCUUCAGAGAGGAUGGAAUCGGUGGCUAAAGCAUUAGAGGAGGUCCUGAGCUCUGCAUUGCCUCAGGGUUGCAUCACAGUUGGAGUGUAUGAGGCAGCAAAGUCUCUAAAUGCGGACCCAGACAAUGUGGUGUUGUGUCUGCUGGCCACAGAUGAUGAAGAGGAUGUGGCUCUGCAGAUUCACUUCACCUUGAUCCAGGCUUUCUGCUGUGAGAACGACAUCAACAUCCUGCGAGUGAGCAAUAUGAGGCGUUUAUCAGAAAUACUGGGUGGAGGGAAGUCUGGAGGAGAGCCCAUGGAUCUACACUGUGUUCUAGUUACGAAUCCUCAGUCGUCGCUGUGGAAGGACCCUGCACUGAGCAAAGUGAACAGAUUCUGCAGAGACAGCCGCUGUCUGGAUCAGUGGGUUCCUGUUAUCAACCUGCCUGACCGAUGAAACUGCGUGGAAUAUUUAUGUGUUUGUGCAUCCGGGAAAAAGUUAUUGCACAAGGCGUGUGUUCAUGUCUGUGUUGGACUUCUCUGGAAAGUGCCUCAGAGAGAGAGAGAGGGAUGGGAGGGGCAGAAAAAAGAACAGAAGGAAGCGAAACGCUCCAACAUUUUACCAGGUCAGGGUGAACUCGUGGUCCAAGGAGGAGUGACUCAGCAGUCCGGGUUCCAGGAUUUCCAGCAUAUGACUGUGCCUUUCUUUGCCGAGAAAGAAGCCUUUACAGGAAAUUGAAUCAUGUGAGCAGACAAGCAGUGAGCACGAGCGCAAGACUUGAGGAAAAAAAAACACACAGAGAGCCUUCAGUCGACAAGACUCCAAGAACUGGACCUCACUGGAACGGACCAGUAUGAGCUCUCAGCUCGAAGAAUUCCUCAUGACAUUUAGACCAAAUCUGUGCAUUUCUGUAACAGCACAUUUAUUUAAUAGUAUUUAAGACUUGUCACUUUGAUAGCUCAAAAGGGAUUAUUUUCACAGUUUAUUAUUAAUAUUAUUGUUUUGAGGGCAAUUCAGUUGUUCAGACUUGUCCAUUAACUGAUAUUUUUAUGUGUUUUUAAUUUAAUGAAGUAUAUUUAUUGUGCAUAGUUCAUGGAAUUCUGCCUUGUUAAGUUGAAUGAAUAAAAAACAAGGAACAGUU